AUGGCUACAAUACCUACAAUAGUCCAAAAUCAGUCCAAACCAAGCGUGACAACGCCGGCCAAACCUAUAAAGAACACGGGACGGAAAAUUGUACUUACGUUACACAACUGUCUACUGCCAGAAUCCGCAUUCAAAGAAACACCAUCACAGGCCGAUGGCCUUGACAUAGAGACGGAAACAGAUCUUCGCAUCCUCGGCUGUGAGAUGAUACAAACCGCCGGAAUCCUGCUCAAGCUGCCCCAAGUCGCUAUGGCAACCGGACAGAUGUACCUUCAAAGGUUUUAUUACUCGAAAUCUUUUGUCAGAUAUCCUAUGGAAACAAUGGCCAUGGGAAGCAUUUACUUAGCAUCUAAAGUUGAAGAGAAACCAUGUAGGAUACGUGACGUGAUCAAUGUUUUUCAUCACAUUAAGCAAGUUAGAGCACAAAAGACCAUUAGUCCUUUAAUAGUAGAUCAAAAUUACAUAGAACUGAAAAAUCAAGUUAUUAAAGCCGAGAGGCGUAUUUUAAAAGAAUUAGGAUUCUGUGUCCAUGUGAAGCAUCCACACAAACUAAUUGUAGUAUAUCUACAGCUCCUACAGUAUGAGAAGAACCGUCAGCUAAUGCAAUUAGCAUGGAACUACAUGAAUGAUGCUUUACGCACAGAUGUGUUUAUGAGAUUUCCACCGGAAACUAUUGCUUGUGCUUGCAUAUACUUGACAGCUCGGAAAAUUGGGUUACCAUUACCAAACAAUCCACAUUGGUUUCUGCUAUUCAAAGUAACUGAAGAGGAUAUCAGAGAAGUGUGUAUUCGCAUCUUGCAGUUGUACAAAAGGGCUAAAGUUAACCCAGAAGAGUUAGAGAGUAAAGUGGAUGGCUUGCGAAGGAUUUAUCAAGCUAACAAACAAAAACAGGCUCAAAAAGAGCAAGAAAAUUCCAAGACUGAAGAUAAAAAGGCAGAUUCUCCAACUGCAUCUACAUCAAAAGAGUUGAACAGAAGAGACAAGAAGGAGAAAUCACCGAAAACACCUCCGUUGUCUUCCAAGUAUCACAGCAGUCAUAAAUCUAAGAAAGAUAGAAGAUCUCGUUCCCCAUAUGACCGUAAAAGGGAGUAUUCUAGCAAAAGGCACAAGUCACGUUCAAGGGAGAGAGAGUUGGAUCGUUCUCGGGAGCGACGGCAAGAUGAUAAACGAGGUAGGGGCAUCUCCAGGAAGUAUGAUGAUUAUGACAGAUCAAAGUCAAGUAGAGAUGGCAGAGAAAGCAGAGACGGCAGAGAAAGCAGAGAUGAGAAGAGAAAACACUAG